GUUAGCGGCUGGAGGGCGAACUGAUGGCCUGUUGCAACCAUGCAGGUUUUCUCUUGGUCUUUCGUGGUUCUGUUGCUUUUGUCCUCUGCCUGGGCCGAGGAAGAGGUGGACACCUCUCAGGAAUUGUCUGUCGGUGAGCUGCUGGAGAGAGCCAACAGAGACCGCACCCCUGAUUUUGAUGAACCCUCCCUGAUCGAAGGAGACAUCGCUGUCAAUUCUGAGGCAGACAGAAAUGCUGAUCCCUGCACCUCCAGAGGUUGCCUCUGGUUGAAAAACGCUGAUGGAAAGGUCUACGUCCCCUAUUACAUCGCCGACCACUACUCUUCCCGCGAGAGAGACAUCAUCGUUCGUGGACUGCAGUCUUUCUCGUCGUUUUCUUGCAUUCGUUUCAGACCCUACCAGAACGGUGACCAUGAAUGGUUGAGCAUCGAAUCUAGGAACGGCUGCUACUCAUUCGUAGGCCGCCAGGGUCGUGGUCAGACGGUGUCGCUGAGCCGACAGGGCUGCCUGUACCACAACACCGUCCAGCACGAGCUGCUCCACGCCCUGGGCUUCAACCAUGAGCAGACCCGCUCAGACAGGGACAACCACAUCCGAGUGCACUGGAACAAUAUUGUUCAAGGUAUGGAGCACAACUUCAAUAAGAUUAACACUCUGAACCAGGGGACCUCUUAUGAUUACAACUCUGUUAUGCAAUAUCACAGGUACGCCUUCUCCAAGAACGGCCUUGCCACCAUGGAGCCCAUUCCAAACAACAAUGUGUCCUUUGGCCAGGCCACACAGAUGAGCAAGAAUGAUAUUGACAGGCUGAACAGGCUCUACAAAUGCUAAACUUCAGCUGCGCCCUGUCACCUACAGAGCUGAAGACGUGAAGAUGCCAGGAGAGGUGUGGAUUUCAGCCACAUGGCUGUUGACUUCCCAGCUCCAUAAGCAUCACACGUGGCCUGCUGUCUGGAUGUGAAACAGAGAAACAACAAAUAAAAUGCUAGAACAAAAGUAAAGAUUCAUUCAAAUUGAA